AUGGGUUCAAUAUUCCUAACAGGUGCAUCAGGCUAUAUCGGUGGCCAGGUUUUGAACGAAAUUAUUCAAAACUCGCCUGACCAACCCAUCACUUUGCUUCUUCGAGAUGAGCACAAGGCCAAACUCAUUAGGGACAAGUUCAAGAAGGUGAAUGUUGUCAUUGGUGACCUUGACGAUGACGACCUGCUGGAGCGAGAGGCUUCCAAGGCAUCAAUAGUACUGCAUCUCGCUUCUGCAGGCCACUUGAAGAGCGUCCAAUCAAUUCACCGCGGACUGAAAAAGAGACAAGCAUCAGAACCUGCAUACUGGAUCCAGGUCUCUGGAGCCAGUGCCCUGGCCGCUGCAGAAUUGGCCUCUCCUUCCUUUAGUCCUGGAUCUGGCUCUUCAGAUGUUUUUGACGAUAUUGAAGAUGCUUCCAAGUUUAUCAAAUUGCUUCGUGACCACAAGACGCGUGCAGUCGACAACUACAUUCUAUAUGUUGGCUCACAGGAACCAUCAAUUGAGACGGCCCUCGUCUUUCCACCCAUCAUCUAUGGCGUUGGAGAGGGUGUUACCAACCAGCGCAGCAUCCAGAUUCCAGAACUCGCACGAGUGACUCUGGAAAGAGGACACGGCGUACGAGUUGGCCCAGGUCUGAACAAAUGGGGCAAUGUCCACAUCCGAGACUUGGGAAGGCUCUUUGGCGCCUUGGUUGAUGCAACUUCAAAGCCCAAAAGCGACUUCAAGCUAUGGAACAAAGAUGGACUGUACUUGACAGGCGUGGGUGAAAUUUCAUUUGGAGAAAUAUCAGAAAAGGUUGCGCGUACUGCCGUUGAACAGGGUUUCAACACCAAAGACACAGUCGAAGAGCUACACAAGCCGGACAUUGAUACUGUGCUGCCACAUGGAUCCGUCAUCUAUGGUACCAAUGCCAGAUCCAAGGCUCGCCGGGCCAGAGAGCACCUUGGAUGGACUCCCCGCGAGGAAUCGUUGGAGGCGGACAUUCCAAACACAGUUGCCAUUGAAGCGAAGAGACGACAAAAUUAG